GUGUGGAGAGGGAGAAAGCACUUCUUUUGCAUCAUCGAACCUGGGCAAGGAAUCGUGGUAUGUUGAGAUGUCUUCAUCAAGUGGUAAUUUCUCGGGUUCAUGUGGACAUAUGUGCAAUGAGCAGACUUGUGUUUUGAGAACAAGUUUGAGUUUGCACAAUUUUGGGAGGAGGUUCUUGGGUUGUAGCCAUUAUAAGGUUGGUCCUAAGUGUCCUUUCUUUGUUUGGAUUGAUAACCCAACCUGUCCUCGUGGGAAUGAAGCUGCACCUUUGGCUCUAGAGAAGAUGUCUAGGCUUCAGACUGCUCUCCAACUUGCAAAUGAGAGGGAAAGGACAGCUCUGGAAACGGCAGAAGAAGCUAGGCAAAUGGCAGAAAAGGCUCUUGAAGAGGAAGCCAAAGCCAAGGAGAGGGAGAGAAAGGCUCGAGCUGUCUGUGCAAAAGCUAAGGAAAAAGCCAUUCUUGCUGAAGAGAAGCAAAGAAUGUGGAAGUCUGCAUGCAUUUUGUCAUGGAUCUUUUUUGUUAUUGUUAUGUUGUUGUGUUUUGGCUCAAUUGAGUUCUCUGGAGUGAAGAGACCUAGAUUGUUGCCCCUGAAGUAGUUAAUUGGUUAGUAGAGAUAGUUAUGGCAAUGGUGUUAAUGAAUUUGUAUUGUAAUAGCACUAGCCUACUAAUGUAAUGUUUUGAUGUGUCAAUGAAUGAAGAAUUGGUCAAUUCUUGAGUA